AUGUCGUCAUCCCUCUCUGAUCUUCACACCCCGCCCCCUUUUGAUCUUCACCCACCACCACACUCCUUUGGUCCAUCCCCUGUCCCACCUCCUCUCUUCAUCCCCUUUGACCUUCACUUACCACCACACUCCUUCGGUCCUUCCCCUGCCCCACCUCCUCUCUUCCUCCCCUUUGAUCUUCACCUACCACCACACUCCUUUGGUCCAUCCCCUGCCCCAUCUCCUCUCUUCAUCCCCUUUGAUCUUCACCUACCACCACACUCCUUCGGUCCUUCCCCUGCCCCACCUCCUCUCUUCAUCCCCUUUGAUCUUCACAUACUACCACACACCGUUGGUCCAUCCCCUGCCUCGUCUCCUCGUUUGCCCCCUAUUUUGAUCUUUACCCACCGCCACACUCCUUCGAUCCUUUCCCCUGCUGAAUCCUCCUUAAAACUAGCCUCCCUCGGUGAUCCAUGGAGCGUUCCAGAACGCUUCACGGUCACCUCGGGAGCCAGUCGCGGGACAAACCCGGUGAAGGUGCUGCGGCGGCACGGUGGAUCAUGGAGGCCCAUCAACAAGGUGAAACAGUCUUGGCAUUAG